AUUCGAUUCAGUCUUCUUCCAAACAAGGUGCAUACACACUACUAAAAGAUGUCCGCUCUCCUGGAAAGCAUCACUAGCAUGAUUGAAAUAUUCCAACAAUACUCAACCAGUGAUAAGGAGGAAGAAACACUGAGCAAAGAAGAGCUGAAGGAACUUCUGGAAGGACAACUACAGGCAGUCUUGAAGAAUCCAGAUGACCAAGACAUCGCUGAAGUCUUCAUGCAAAUGCUAGAUGUGGACCACGAUGACAAACUAGAUUUCGCUGAGUAUUUACUACUGGUGCUAAAGCUGGCAAAAGCAUAUUAUGAGGCAUCCAAGAAUGAAAGUUUCCAAACACAUGGAUCAAAUGGGAGAAGUAAAACUGAUUAUAAAGGACUAGAAGAGGAGGGAGAGGAAGGAAACAAACAGAAUCUUAGACGGAGGCAUGGUGGAACUGAUGGAAAGAGAAAAAGUGACAGAACGAGAAGCCCAAAUGGAAAAAGAGGUAAAAGGCAAGAAUCAAGAUGUAGAAGUGAGGGAAAAGAUAAACAUAGGAGAGAACCAGAAAAACACAGACACCAACAAGAUUCAAAAAGAAAGCAAAGGCAUGGAUCUGGUUCCACCGAAAGAAAGGACAACAGAAAUAAGAAAAACAGACAGUCAAAAGAAAGAAACUAUGAUGAAAUCUAUGACAAUGGAAAAUACAAUGAAGACUGGGAGGCAAGCUACAACAACUGUUACUACAAAACACAGAAUACUACAUUAGAUCAAAGAGAGGGAAACAGAAGACCCAGAGCAGACUCCCAGAAGGAACCCCAGUCAUCCCAUGGUCAGGCAGACAACAGUGACUCUGAAGGAGGCAGGCAGCAAUCCCACUCCAAACCAUCUCCAGUCAGGGCUGACCAGAGGAGAUCCAGGGCAGGCCAAGCCGGCUCUUCCAAGGUCAGCGCAAGAUCGGGAUCAGGAGGAAGAGGACAGUCCCCCGACGGCUCUGGCCGCAGCUCAAACAGGAGGGACAGACCCCGGCAGCCCAGCCCCAGCCAGUCCAGUGACAGCCAAGUCCAUUCUGGAGUCCAGGUCGAAGGCCGGCGCGGGCAGUCCUCAUCUGCCAACAGGAGGGCCGGAUCCAGCUCCGGCUCAGGGGUCCAGGGGGCCUCUGCAGGUGGACUGGCAGCUGACGCCUCCAGGCGCUCUGGGGCGCGUCAAGGCCAGGCAUCUGCCCAGGGUCGCGCAGGGUCACAAGGCCAAGCACAGGGCCGCGUCGGCUCGUCAGCUGACAGGCAAGGGCGUCGAGGGGUCAGCGAGAGUCAGGCCAGCGACAGCGAGGGCCACUCCGACUUCUCAGAAGGCCAGGCAGUAGGAGCUCACAGGCAGUCUGGAGCCGGCCAGAGGCACGAGCAGCGGUCCUCCCGAGGCCAGCACGGCUCCAGAUACUACUAUGAGCAAGAACACAGCGAGGAGGAGUCCGAUUCCCAGCACCAGCACGGCCACCAGCACGAACAGCAACGCGGGCACCAGCACCAGCAUGAGCACGAACAGCCCGAGUCCGGCCACAGGCAGCAGCAGUCCAGUGGGAGAGGACACCAGGGAGCCCACCAGGAACAGGGAAGGGACAGCGCCAGGUCCCGGGGCUCUAACCAAGGGCACAGCUCCUCUCGCCACCAGGCCGACUCUCCCAGGGUCAGCGCAAGAUCAGGCUCAGGAGGAAGAGGACAGUCCCCCGACGCCUCUGGCCGCAGCUCAAACAGGAGGGACAGACCCCGGCAGCCCAGCCCCAGCCAGUCCAGUGACAGCCAAGUCCAUUCUGGAGUCCAGGUCGAAGGCCGGCGCGGGCAGUCCUCAUCUGCCAACAGGAGGGCCGGAUCCAGCUCCGGCUCAGGGGUCCAGGGGGCCUCUGCAGGUGGACUGGCAGCUGACGCCUCCAGGCGCUCUGGGGCGCUUCAAGGCCAGGCAUCUGCCCAGGGUCGCGCAGGGUCACAAGGCCAAGCACAGGGCCGCGUCGGCUCGUCAGCUGACAGGCAAGGGCGUCGAGGGGUCAGCGAGAGUCAGGCCAGCGACAGCGAGGGCCACUCUGACUUCUCAGAAGGCCAGGCAGUAGGAGCUCACAGGCAGUCUGGAGCCGGCCAGAGGCACGAGCAGCGGUCCUCCCGAGGCCAGCACGGCUCCGGAUACUACUAUGAGCAAGAACACAGCGAGGAGGAGUCCGAUUCCCAGCACCAGCACGGCCACCAGCACGAACAGCAACGCGGGCACCAGCACCAGCACCAGCACCAGCAUGAGCACGAACAGCCAGAGUCUGGCCACAGGCAGCAGCAGUCCAGUGGGAGAGGACACCAGGGAGCCCACCAGGAACAGGGAAGGGACAGCGCCAGAUCCCGGGGCUCUAACCAAGGACACAGCUCCUCUCGCCACCAGGCCGACUCUCCCAGGGUCAGCGCAAGAUCAGGCUCAGGAGGAAGAGGACAGUCCCCCGACGCCUCUGGCCGCAGCUCAAACAGGAGGGACAGACCCCGGCAGCCCAGCCCCAGCCAGUCCAGUGACAGCCAAGUCCAUUCUGGAGUCCAGGUCGAAGGCCGGCGCGGGCAGUCCUCAUCUGCCAACAGGAGGGCCGGAUCCAGCUCCGGCUCAGGGGUCCAGGGGACCUCUGCAGGUGGACUGGCAGCUGACGCCUCCAGGCGCUCUGGGGCGCGUCAAGGCCAGGCAUCUGCCCAGGGUCGCGCAGGGUCACAAGGCCAAGCACAGGGCCGCGUCGGCUCGUCAGCUGACAGGCAAGGGCGUCGAGGGGUCAGCGAGAGUCAGGCCAGCGACAGCGAGGGCCACUCUGACUUCUCAGAAGGCCAGGCAGUAGGAGCUCACAGGCAGUCUGGAGCCGGCCAGAGGCACGAGCAGCGGUCCUCCCGAGGCCAGCACGGCUCCGGAUACUACUAUGAGCAAGAACACAGCGAGGAGGAGUCCGAUUCCCAGCAUCAGCACGGCCACCAGCACGAACAGCAACGCGGGCACCAGCACCAGCACCAGCACCAGCAUGAGCACGAACAGCCCGAGUCCGGCCACAGGCAGCAGCAGUCCAGUGGGAGAGGAAACCAGGGAGCCCACCAGAAACAGGGAAGGGACAGCGCCAGGUCCCGGGGUUCUAACCAAGGGCACAGCUCCUCUCGCCACCAGGCCGACUCUCCCAGGGUCAGCGCAAGAUCAGGCUCAUGAGGAAGAUGACAGUCCCCCGACGCCUCUGGCCGCAACUCAACCAAGAGGGACAGACCCCGGCAGCCCAGCCCCAGCCAGUCCAGUGACAGCCAUGUCCAUUCUGGAAAGGCCGGAUCCAUCUCCGGCUCAGGGGUCCAGGGGGCCUCUGCAGGUGGACUGGCAGCUGACGCCUCCAGGCGCUCUGGGGCGCGUCAAGGCCAGGCAUCUGCCCAGGGUCGCGCAGGGUCACAAGGCCAAGCACAGGGCCGCGUCGGCUCGUCAGCUGACAGGCAAGGGCGUCGAGGGGUCAGCGAGAGUCAGGCCAGCGACAGCGAGGGCCACUCCGACUUCUCAGAAGGCCAGGCAGUAGGAGCUCACAGGCAGUCUGGAGCCGGCCAGAGGCACGAGCAGCGGUCCUCCCGAGGCCAGCACGGCUCCAGAUACUACUAUGAGCAAGAACACAGCGAGGAGGAGUCCGAUUCCCAGCACCAGCACGGCCACCAGCACGAACAGCAACGCGGGCACCAGCACCAGCAUGAGCACGAACAGCCCGAGUCCGGCCACAGGCAGCAGCAGUCCAGUGGGAGAGGACACCAGGGAGCCCACCAGGAACAGGGAAGGGACAGCGCCAGGUCCCGGGGCUCUAACCAAGGGCACAGCUCCUCUCGCCACCAGGCCGACUCUCCCAGGGUCAGCGCAAGAUCAGGCUCAGGAGGAAGAGGACAGUCCCCCGACGCCUCUGGCCGCAGCUCAAACAGGAGGGACAGACCCCGGCAGCCCAGCCCCAGUCAGUCCAGUGACAGCCAAGUCCAUUCUGGAGUCCAGGUCGAAGGCCGGCGAGGGCAGUCCUCAUCUGCCAACAGGAGGGCCGGAUCCAGCUCCGGCUCAGGGGUCCAGGGGGCCUCUGCAGGUGGACUGGCAGCUGACGCCUCCAGGCGCUCUGGGGCGCGACAAGGCCAGGCAUCUGCCCAGGGUCGCGCAGGGUCACAAGGCCAAGCACAGGGCCGCAUCGGCUCGUCAGCUGACAGGCAAGGGCGUCGAGGGGUCAGCGAGAGUCAGGCCAGCGACAGCGAGGGCCACUCCGACUUCUCAGAAGGCCAGGCAGUAGGAGCUCACAGGCAGUCUGAAGCCGGCCAGAGGCACGAGCAGCGGUCCUCCCGAGGCCAGCACGGCUCCGGAUACUACUAUGAGCAAGAACACAGCGAGGAGGAGUCCGAUUCCCAGCACCAGCACGGCCACCAGCACGAACAGCAACGCGGGACCCAGCACCAGCAUGAGCACCAACAGCCCGAGUCCGGCCACAGGCAGCAGCAGUCCAGUGGGAGAGGACACCAGGGAACCCAUCAGGAACAGGGAAGGGACAGCGCCAGGUCCCGGGGCUCUAACCAAGGGCACAGCUCCUCUCGCCACCAGGCCGACUCUCCCAGGGUCAGCGCAAGAUCAGGCUCAGGAGGAAGAGGACAGUCCCCCGACGCCUCUGGCCGCAGCUCAAACAGGAGGGACAGACCCCGGCAGCCCAGCCCCAGCCAGUCCAGUGACAGCCAAGUCCAUUCUGGAGUCCAGGUCGAAGGCCGGCGCAGGCAGUCAUCAUCUGCCAACAGGAGGGCCGGAUCCAGCUCCGGCUCAGGGGUCCAGGGGGCCUCUGCAGGUGGACUGGCAGCUGACGCCUCCAGGCGCUCUGGGGCACGACAAGGCCAGGCAUCUGCCCAGGGUCGCGCAGGGUCACAAGGCCAAGCACAGGGCCGCGUCGGCUCGUCAGCUGACAGGCAAGGGCGUCGAGGGGUCAGCGAGAGUCAGGCCAGCGACAGCGAGGGCCACUCCGACUUCUCAGAAGGCCAGGCAGUAGGAGCUCACAGGCAGUCUGGAGCCGGCCAGAGGCACGAGCAGCGGUCCUCCCGAGGCCAGCACGGCUCCGGAUUCUACCCAGUAUACUACUACUAUGAACAAGAACACAGCGAGGAGGAGUCCGAUUCCCAGCAUCAGCACGGCCACCAGCACGAACAGCAACGCGGGCACCAGCACCAGCACCAGCAUGAGCACGAACAGCCCGAGUCCGGCCACAGGCAGCAGCAGUCCAGUGGGAGAGGACACCAGGGAGCCCACCAGGAACAGGGAAGGGACAGCGCCAGGUCCCGGGGCUCUAACCAAGGGCACAGCUCCUCUCGCCACCAGGCCGACUCUCCCAGGGUCAGCGCAAGAUCAGGCUCAGGAGGAAGAGGACAGUCCCCCGACGCCUCUGGCCGCAGCUCAAACAGGAGGGACAGACCCCGGCAGCCCAGCCCCAGCCAGUCCAGUGACAGCCAAGUCCAUUCUGGAGUCCAGGUCGAAGGCCGGCGCGGGCAGUCCUCAUCUGCCAACAGGAGGGCCGGAUCCAGCUCCGGCUCAGGGGUCCAGGGGGCCUCUGCAGGUGGACUGGCAGCUGACGCCUCCAGGCGCUCUGGGGCGCUUCAAGGCCAGGCAUCUGCCCAGGGUCGCGCAGGGUCACAAGGCCAAGCACAGGGCCGCGUCGGCUCGUCAGCUGACAGGCAAGGGCGUCGAGGGGUCAGCGGGAGUCAGGCCAGCGACAGCGAGGGCCACUCUGACUUCUCAGAAGGCCAGGCAGUAGGAGCUCACAGGCAGUCUGGAGCCGGCCAGAGGCACGAGCAGCGGUCCUCCCGAGGCCAGCACGGCUCCGGAUACUACUAUGAGCAAGAACACAGCGAGGAGGAGUCCGAUUCCCAGCACCAGCACGGCCACCAGCACGAACAGCAACGCGGGCACCAGCACCAGCACCAGCACCAGCAUGAGCACGAACAGCCCGAGUCCGGCCACAGGCAGCAGCAGUUCAGUGGGAGAGGACACCAGGGAGCCCACCAGGAACAGGGAAGGGACAGCGCCAGGUCCCGGGGUUCUAACCAAGGGCACAGCUCCUCUCGCCACCAGGCCGACUCUCCCAGGGUCAGCGCAAGAUCAGGCUCAGGAGGAAGAGGACAGUCCCCCGACGCCUCUGGCCGCAGCUCAAACAGGAGGGACAGACCCCGGCAGCCCAGCCCCAGCCAGUCCAGUGACAGCCAAGUCCAUUCUGGAGUCCAGGUCGAAGGCCGGCGCGGGCAGUCCUCAUCUGCCAACAGGAGGGCCGGAUCCAGCUCCGGCUCAGGGGUCCAGGGGGCCUCUGCAGGUGGACUGGCAGCUGACGCCUCCAGGCGCUCUGGGGCGCGUCAAGGCCAGGCAUCUGCCCAGGGUCGCGCAGGGUCACAAGGCCAAGCACAGGGCCGCGUCGGCUCGUCAGCUGACAGGCAAGGGCGUCGAGGGGUCAGCGAGAGUCAGGCCAGUGACAGCGAGGGCCACUCCGACUUCUCAGAAGGCCAGGCAGUAGGAGCUCACAGGCAGUCUGGAGCCGGCCAGAGGCACGAGCAGCGGUCCUCCCGAGGCCAGCACGGCUCCGGAUUCUACCCAGUAUACUACUACUAUGAACAAGAACACAGCGAGGAGGAGUCCGAUUCCCAGCAUCAGCACGGCCACCAGCACGAACAGCAACGCGGGCACCAGCACCAGCACCAGCACCAGCAUGAGCACGAACAGCCCGAGUCCGGCCACAGGCAGCAGCAGUCCAGUGGGAGAGGACACCAGGGAGCCCACCAGGAACAGGGAAGGGACAGCGCCAGGUCCCGGGGCUCUAACCAAGGGCACAGCUCCUCUCGCCACCAGGCCGACUCUCCCAGGGUCAGCGCAAGAUCAGGCUCAGGAGGAAGAGGACAGUCCCCCGACGCCUCUGGCCGCAGCUCAAACAGGAGGGACAGACCCCGGCAGCCCAGCCCCAGCCAGUCCAGUGACAGCCAAGUCCAUUCUGGAGUCCAGGUCGAAGGCCGGCGCGGGCAGUCCUCAUCUGCCAACAGGAGGGCCGGAUCCAGCUCCGGCUCAGGGGUCCAGGGGGCCUCUGCAGGUGGACUGGCAGCUGACGCCUCCAGGCGCUCUGGGGCGCGUCAAGGCCAGGCAUCUGCCCAGGGUCGCGCAGGGUCACAAGGCCAAGCACAGGGCCGCGUCGGCUCGUCAGCUGACAGGCAAGGGCGUCGAGGGGUCAGCGAGAGUCAGGCCAGCGACAGCGAGGGCCACUCUGACUUCUCAGAAGGCCAGGCAGUAGGAGCUCACAGGCAGUCUGGAGCCGGCCAGAGGCACGAGCAGCGGUCCUCCCGAGGCCAGCACGGCUCCGGAUACUACUAUGAGCAAGAACACAGCGAGGAGGAGUCCGAUUCCCAGCAUCAGCACGGCCACCAGCACGAACAGCAACGCGGGCACCAGCACCAGCACCAGCACCAGCAUGAGCACGAACAGCCCGAGUCCGGCCACAGGCAGCAGCAGUCCAGUGGGAGAGGACACCAGGGAGCCCACCAGGAACAGGGAAGGGACAGCGCCAGGUCCCGGGGCUCUAACCAAGGGCACAGCUCCUCUCGCCACCAGGCCGACUCUCCCAGGGUCAGCGCAAGAUCAGGCUCAGGAGGAAGAGGACAGUCCCCCGACGCCUCUGGCCGCAGCUCAAACAGGAGGGACAGACCCCGGCAGCCCAGCCCCAGCCAGUCCAGUGACAGCCAAGUCCAUUCUGGAGUCCAGGUCGAAGGCCGGCGCGGGCAGUCCUCAUCUGCCAACAGGAGGGCCGGAUCCAGCUCCGGCUCAGGGGUCCAGGGGGCCUCUGCAGGUGGACUGGCAGCUGACGCCUCCAGGCGCUCUGGGGCGCGUCAAGGCCAGGCAUCUGCCCAGGGUCGCGCAGGGUCACAAGGCCAAGCACAGGGCCGCGUCGGCUCGUCAGCUGACAGGCAAGGGCGUCGAGGGGUCAGCGAGAGUCAGGCCAGCGACAGCGAGGGCCACUCUGACUUCUCAGAAGGCCAGGCAGUAGGAGCUCACAGGCAGUCUGGAGCCGGCCAGAGGCACGAGCAGCGGUCCUCCCGAAGCCAGCACGGCUCCGGAUACUACUAUGAGCAAGAACACAGCGAGGAGGAGUCCGAUUCCCAGCACCAGCACAGCCACCAGCACGAACAGCAACGCGGGCACCAGCACCAGCACCAGCACCAGCAUGAGCACGAACAGCCCGAGUCCGGCCACAGGCAGCAGCAGUCCAGUGGGAGAGGAAACCAGGGAGCCCACCAGGAACAGGGAAGGGACAGCGCCAGGUCCCGGGGUUCUAACCAAGGGCACAGCUCCUCUCGCCACCAGGCCGACUCUCCCAGGGUCAGCGCAAGAUCAGGCUCAGGAGGAAGAGGACAGUCCCCCGACGCCUCUGGCCGCAGCUCAAACAGGAGGGACAGACCCCGGCAGCCCAGCCCCAGCCAGUCCAGUGACAGCCAUGUCCAUUCUGGAGUCCAGGUCGAAGGCCGGCGCGGGCAGUCCUCAUCUGCCAACAGGAGGGCCGGAUCCAGCUCCGGCUCAGGGGUCCAGGGGGCCUCUGCAGGUGGACUGGCAGCUGACGCCUCCAGGCGCUCUGGGGCGCGUCAAGGCCAGGCAUCUGCCCAGGGUCGCGCAGGGUCACAAGGCCAAGCACAGGGCCGCGUCGGCUCGUCAGCUGACAGGCAAGGGCGUCGAGGGGUCAGCGAGAGUCAGGCCAGCGACAGCGAGGGCCACUCCGACUUCUCAGAAGGCCAGGCAGUAGGAGCUCACAGGCAGUCUGGAGCCGGCCAGAGGCACGAGCAGCGGUCCUCCCGAGGCCAGCACGGCUCCGGAUUCUACCCAGUAUACUACUACUAUGAACAAGAACACAGCGAGGAGGAGUCCGAUUCCCAGCAUCAGCACGGCCACCAGCACGAACAGCAACGCGGGCACCAGCACCAGCACCAGCACCAGCAUGAGCACGAACAGCCCGAGUCCGGCCACAGGCAGCAGCAGUCCAGUGGGAGAGGACACCAGGGAGCCCACCAGGAACAGGGAAGGGACAGCGCCAGGUCCCGGGGCUCUAACCAAGGGCACAGCUCCUCUCGCCACCAGGCCGACUCUCCCAGGGUCAGCGCAAGAUCAGGCUCAGGAGGAAGAGGACAGUCCCCCGACGCCUCUGGCCGCAGCUCAAACAGGAGGGACAGAUCCCGGCAGCCCAGCCCCAGCCAGUCCAGUGACAGCCAAGUCCAUUCUGGAGUCCAGGUCGAAGGCCGGCGCGGGCAGUCCUCAUCUGCCAACAGGAGGGCCGGAUCCAGCUCCGGCUCAGGGGUCCAGGGGGCCUCUGCAGGUGGACUGGCAGCUGACGCCUCCAGGCGCUCUGGGGCGCGUCAAGGCCAGGCAUCUGCCCAGGGUCGCGCAGGGUCACAAGGCCAAGCACAGGGCCGCGUCGGCUCGUCAGCUGACAGGCAAGGGCGUCGAGGGGUCAGCGAGAGUCAGGCCAGUGACAGCGAGGGCCACUCCGACUUCUCAGAAGGCCAGGCAGUAGGAGCUCACAGGCAGUCUGGAGCCGGCCAGAGGCACGAGCAGCGGUCCUCCCGAGGCCAGCACGGCUCCGGAUUCUACCCAGUAUACUACUACUAUGAACAAGAACACAGCGAGGAGGAGUCCGAUUCCCAGCAUCAGCACGGCCACCAGCACGAACAGCAACGCGGGCACCAGCACCAGCACCAGCAUGAGCACGAACAGCCCGAGUCCGGCCACAGGCAGCAGCAGUCCAGUGGGAGAGGACACCAGGGAGCCCACCAGGAACAGGGAAGGGACAGCGCCAGGUCCCGGGGCUCUAACCAAGGGCACAGCUCCUCUCGCCACCAGGCCGACUCUCCCAGGGUCAGCGCAAGAUCAGGCUCAGGAGGAAGAGGACAGUCCCCCGACGCCUCUGGCCGCAGCUCAAACAGGAGGGACAGACCCCGGCAGCCCAGCCCCAGCCAGUCCAGUGACAGCCAAGUCCAUUCUGGAGUCCAGGUCGAAGGCCGGCGCGGGCAGUCCUCAUCUGCCAACAGGAGGGCCGGAUCCAGCUCCGGCUCAGGGGUCCAGGGGGCCUCUGCAGGUGGACUGGCAGCUGACGCCUCCAGGCGCUCUGGGGCGCUUCAAGGCCAGGCAUCUGCCCAGGGUCGCGCAGGGUCACAAGGCCAAGCACAGGGCCGCGUCGGCUCGUCAGCUGACAGGCAAGGGCGUCGAGGGGUCAGCGAGAGUCAGGCCAGCGACAGCGAGGGCCACUCUGACUUCUCAGAAGGCCAGGCAGUAGGAGCUCACAGGCAGUCUGGAGCCGGCCAGAGGCACGAGCAGCGGUCCUCCCGAGGCCAGCACGGCUCCGGAUACUACUAUGAGCAAGAACACAGCGAGGAGGAGUCCGAUUCCCAGCACCAGCACGGCCACCAGCACGAACAGCAACGCGGGCACCAGCACCAGCACCAGCACCAGCAUGAGCACGAACAGCCCGAGUCCGGCCACAGGCAGCAGCAGUCCAGUGGGAGAGGACACCAGGGAGCCCACCAGGAACAGGGAAGGGACAGCGCCAGGUCCCGGGGUUCUAACCAAGGGCACAGCUCCUCUCGCCACCAGGCCGACUCUCCCAGGGUCAGCGCAAGAUCAGGCUCAGGAGGAAGAGGACAGUCCCCCGACGCCUCUGGCCGCAGCUCAAACAGGAGGGACAGACCCCGGCAGCCCAGCCCCAGCCAGUCCAGUGACAGCCAAGUCCAUUCUGGAGUCCAGGUCGAAGGCCGGCGCGGGCAGUCCUCAUCUGCCAACAGGAGGGCCGGAUCCAGCUCCGGCUCAGGGGUCCAGGGGGCCUCUGCAGGUGGACUGGCAGCUGACGCCUCCAGGCGCUCUGGGGCGCGUCAAGGCCAGGCAUCUGCCCAGGGUCGCGCAGGGUCACAAGGCCAAGCACAGGGCCGCGUCGGCUCGUCAGCUGACAGGCAAGGGCGUCGAGGGGUCAGCGGGAGUCAGGCCAGCGACAGCGAGGGCCACUCUGACUUCUCAGAAGGCCAGGCAGUAGGAGCUCACAGGCAGUCUGGAGCCGGCCAGAGGCACGAGCAGCGGUCCUCCCGAGGCCAGCACGGCUCCGGAUACUACUAUGAGCAAGAACACAGCGAGGAGGAGUCCGAUUCCCAGCACCAGCACGGCCACCAGCACGAACAGCAACGCGGGCACCAGCACCAGCACCAGCACCAGCAUGAGCACGAACAGCCCGAGUCCGGCCACAGGCAGCAGCAGUUCAGUGGGAGAGGACACCAGGGAGCCCACCAGGAACAGGGAAGGGACAGCGCCAGGUCCCGGGGUUCUAACCAAGGGCACAGCUCCUCUCGCCACCAGGCCGACUCUCCCAGGGUCAGCGCAAGAUCAGGCUCAGGAGGAAGAGGACAGUCCCCCGACGCCUCUGGCCGCAGCUCAAACAGGAGGGACAGACCCCGGCAGCCCAGCCCCAGCCAGUCCAGUGACAGCCAAGUCCAUUCUGGAGUCCAGGUCGAAGGCCGGCGCGGGCAGUCCUCAUCUGCCAACAGGAGGGCCGGAUCCAGCUCCAGCUCAGGGGUCCAGGGGGCCUCUGCAGGUGGACUGGCAGCUGACGCCUCCAGGCGCUCUGGGGCGCGUCAAGGCCAGGCAUCUGCCCAGGGUCGCGCAGGGUCACAAGGCCAAGCACAGGGCCGCGUCGGCUCGUCAGCUGACAGGCAAGGGCGUCGAGGGGUCAGCGAGAGUCAGGCCAGCGACAGCGAGGGCCACUCCGACUUCUCAGAAGGCCAGGCAGUAGGAGCUCACAGGCAGUCUGGAGCCGGCCAGAGGCACGAGCAGCGGUCCUCCCGAGGCCAGCACGGCUCCGGAUUCUACCCAGUAUACUACUACUAUGAACAAGAACACAGCGAGGAGGAGUCCGAUUCCCAGCAUCAGCACGGCCACCAGCACGAACAGCAACGCGGGCACCAGCACCAGCACCAGCACCAGCAUGAGCACGAACAGCCCGAGUCCGGCCACAGGCAGCAGCAGUUCAGUGGGAGAGGACACCAGGGAGCCCACCAGGAACAGGGAAGGGACAGCGCCAGGUCCCGGGGCUCUAACCAAGGGCACAGCUCCUCUCGCCACCAGGCCGACUCUCCCAGGGUCAGCGCAAGAUCAGGCUCAGGAGGAAGAGGACAGUCCCCCGACGCCUCUGGCCGCAGCUCAAACAGGAGGGACAGACCCCGGCAGCCCAGCCCCAGCCAGUCCAGUGACAGCCAAGUCCAUUCUGGAGUCCAGGUCGAAGGCCGGCGCGGGCAGUCCUCAUCUGCCAACAGGAGGGCCGGAUCCAGCUCCGGCUCAGGGGUCCAGGGGGCCUCUGCAGGUGGACUGGCAGCUGACGCCUCCAGGCGCUCUGGGGCGCGUCAAGGCCAGGCAUCUGCCCAGGGUCGCGCAGGGUCACAAGGCCAAGCACAGGGCCGCGUUGGCUCGUCAGCUGACAGGCAAGGGCGUCGAGGGGUCAGCGAGAGUCAGGCCAGCGACAGCGAGGGCCACUCUGACUUCUCAGAAGGCCAGGCAGUAGGAGCUCACAGGCAGUCUGGAGCCGGCCAGAGGCACGAGCAGCGGUCCUCCCGAGGCCAGCACGGCUCCGGAUACUACUAUGAGCAAGAACACAGCGAGGAGGAGUCCGAUUCCCAGCACCAGCAAGGCCACCAGCACGAACAGCAACGCGGGCACCAGCACCAGCACCAGCACCAGCAUGAGCACGAACAGCCCGAGUCCGGCCACAGGCAGCAGCAGUCCAGUGGGAGAGGACACCAGGGAGCCCACCAGGAACAGGGAAGGGACAGCGCCAGGUCCCGGGGCUCUAACCAAGGGCACAGCUCCUCUCGCCACCAGGCCGACUCUCCCAGGGUCAGCGCAAGAUCAGGCUCAGGAGGAAGAGGACAGUCCCCUGACGGCUCCGGCCGCAGCUCAAACAGGAGGGACAGACCCCGGCAGCCCAGCGCCAGCCAGUCCAGUGACAGCCAAGUCCAUUCUGGAGUCCAGGUCGAAGCCCAGCGGGGGCAGUCCUCAUCUGCCAACAGGAGGGCUGGCUCCAGCUCUGGCUCAGGGGUCCAAAGUGCAGCAGCAAGUGGUCAGGGAGGAUAUGAGUCCAUAUUUACAGCAAAGCACCUUGAUUUUAAUCAAUCUCACAGCUAUUAUUAUUAUUAGUGAAAAGCAAUUUGCAAUAGAAAAAUGCUUAAAUGCAUCUCCAGGUAUAUCGUUUCUUUCUUUUAAUUUUUGGUUAUUUGUUCCUUUUUUCCAGGUUAACAUAGGUUUUUCCAUUUGGGUGAUAGUUCCUUCUUAUUCUAAGAAUAUUUUCAGCAUUUAAUCAGAAUUUCCAUAAUAUUAAUUUACUUAGGACCAAGAUUCAAAAUUUCAACAUAUGUAUUUUGAGUAAAAUACUUAUCUUUAAAAUGUUAUAUUCUAUUCCACUGAAAACUAGACAUUAAUUUCACCAAAAUGUUUUAAAAUGCCCAAAAUUUAUAUUGAGUGUUUGCAAUUCUGUUCCUGCAAUAGGACUGACUUCUCCAUGUGUUCCCCUUGGACUUUCUAGGAUCUGCCCUUUCUUCAGCAAUCAGUGCAAUCACAUUGGACAUACCAAAUUCAACACAGUAAACUGUAUAAUAAUUGACAAUAAACAAUUGGCCA